CUGAGUCCGCGUGACGGUGCGUCGUUGGUGUUCCUGUUACACUUGCAUACAAGUUGUCUCGGCCCGUGAAGCGAUUUCUGCUGAACGCUGUCAGAUGAAGUAAAAUCUCCCGACGAAUCUCUGUCGACGGCCGACCCCUUUCAAAAGGCCGUUUUUCACCUUUUUCCCAGCUUUGUCCGAGUCGAGACGACGUGUCCGGUCAUGGCGAGUAAAAGGCCGGAUUUAAGCAAUCAAUGUUUUCUUUCAGAAAUCGGGUCGAACGUUAUAUCGUUCUGCCCAUAGUUUAGUUUUUUUAUCAAUUCCUGAUUUGUCUCUUGAGAAUUUGUUUCCCUUUCCUUAUCGGGUUUGGGAAGAAAACGUUUAAAAAUCAUGCGAACAGCAUCGACUUUUUCGGAUUUCCCAGUCAAGUGAAGGCGUGAAUAAACUUCUAUCAAGAUGAACAUUAUGAGGAAGCUGAGAGGCAGUGCAGCGAAUGUUGUCAACACGGGGGCAAUUGACGAGAACAACGCCAAUACGCAGCAUGCAGCUUUGGGCUUGAUGCACCUUAAAAAAUUAUUUUCUGAAUACACCCAUCCCCCACAACCACUUUCUGAAAAGGAAAAAGAUGACAAACUCUACAAUAUGCUUCCUCUCUUUUGCAAGGUUUUUGGAAACUGUCCCUCAUCUGAUAUGAUGGACAAAUUCCGAGACCUCGUCUCUUUCUGCCAGCAAGUGUCAAAAUUGAUGGUCUCUGAGAUCCGGCGUAGGGCAAGCAACUUGUCAACAGAGACGGCGAGUUGUGCUAUCGCCAAAUUUCUGGAAAUUGAAGGCUCUGAGGAGUCGAGCAACGGUUGGAUGCUACUGUCGACGUUGAACCUUCUCGCGGCAGCAGGAGAUCCACCGCUUGUUCAAAUCAUGACUUCGGUCUCACUGCCUUCUACUCUAGUGAAAUGUCUCUAUCUUUUCUUUGACCUUCCUGAAAUGAUUGAGCCGGAUAGAACAGAUGUGGACAGUGAAUUCACACCUAGGGAGAGGCGGAUCUUACUACAGAAAAUCUUUGUCCAGGUGCUUGUGAGGUUGUGCAGUCAUACCGAGCCUGCUGAAGAGCUCUCUAGAAAAAACGACCUUACACUCCUAUUCUCGGCCAUAACUAACAGCUGUGCACCACACAAUAUCCACUGGCGUAAAUCUGCUGCUGAAGUUUUGAUGACUAUAUCUCGCCAUGGACUCACACCUCCUGUCGUAGCUUACAUUCACAGCAAAGGCUGCGUUGCUCUUUGCCUGGAAAACAUGCAACGAGGUCAAGACCUCUCACCUCUUGAAAUCGUCGAGAUGUUUGUUGCCGUGUUUUGCUUCUUAAAAGAUUCCAGUGAAGUAUCACAGACUCUUUUAGAGGAUUUUAGGACAUGUCAGGGUUACACUUUUCUCAAUGACUUUCUACUAAAGCUUGAGAAUGAUAAAUCUGCUGAAGCAGUUGAAGCAAUGCGCAAUUUAGUUCUAAUGAUAGCUUCAUUAUCUAUGUGCGGCCAAAAUGAACUGAGACCUAGCCAAGCCAGCAUGGGUUCAUUGUUUCAGAUGCUUGGUUUUACUCUGCCUCAACCGUCUGGUAGAGGGGCCAGUGUCCGAAACAUACAAGCCUUUUUAGUUCUCCAGACCUUAUUUUUAAAAUCGAACUCAGCAAAUCUUUGCUGUACCAUUUUAGAUGCCAUUUCAAGUGUUUACCAUGCAGACAAUGCCAACUAUUUUAUUCUAGAGAGUCAGCACACGCUGCCCCAAUUUGCGGAGAAAAUACACUUAAAACCUCUAGAGAUUCAGGAGAAAUUUUUUAAUCUUCUCGAAUUCAUUGUAUUUCAACUGAACUUUGUACCUUGCAAAGAGCUCAUAUCAUUAUCAAUAUUGUUGAAAGGGCAAAAUUCAGUAUCUUGCAGCAUAAUUUGUAUGAAGACUCUACUUAACAUUCUUAAGCACAAUGUGAUUUUCAAAGAUGUCUAUCGAGAAGUUGGCAUCCUGGAGGUUUUUGUGACUUGUCUUCAGCGUUACAGCACACUUCUGAAAGAGAGACAACAGUCACAAGAAAAGAACAUCGAAUUUGUGAUAAACCCAGAGCAAGAGAACCUUGGUAUGCUAGUCAUCGAAGCUCUGACAUCCCUCUUGAAUGGAAACACAAGCAAUGCCAACAUUUUCCGAGAAAGUGGAGGAGCAAAAUGUGCAUUGAACAUGGUCUUGUAUCCUGAAUGUCGACAUCAAAUUUUAGGCAUAGUACGAGAAUUAAUGUUAAAUGUAGGUGGGGAUGAUGACAUGGGUACUUUACUAGCUUUAAUGCACGGUUCUCCAGCUGAGGCUAUUGCACUGAAGGGACAUAUUUUGAAGUGUGUUCUUCAGUGCCUUAGAGAAAGCCACAGAACGCGAAAUGUCUUUCGUAAAGUGGGCGGAUUUGUGUACAUUUUAAGUGUUAUUGUUUCGAUGGAAGGUAGCCUGAAAAACGAGCCACAGCCUCCAUGGGACAAGUUUACCCCACAACAGAUCCUCAGUUUGCUGCAUACCAUCUUCAACACGAUCACAGUCGCCAUGCGUUUUGAGCCAGCCAAUGCCAAAUUUUUUCACCAAGAGAUAUGUUUAACAAGUCUUUGUGAUACACUCCGUCUCCUGGGAUGCUUCAGUGAUAAGACAUUAUUUGAAGUAGCAGAUAGUUCUAUUCUUCCUUCAACUGACGAUACAUUUCAUAAUCUUUUCAUAGGAAAUGUCCAAGAACCAACGUUACCCGAGUCUCUGCCUAAACAUGUGGCCUAUGCAUGUCUCGUCAUUAGGUUGUUGUACGAUGUAGCCAUAGAUCUGUAUGAUAAGCCUAAUCAGAACAAGAUGCUUUUUAGAUCACCGUCGCAUAAACAUAUCGAGGGGCAGAAAUCUUUGGAGUCGCCCUAUUUGACUCGUAGAGUCACUAGUCUCAACUUGACCCCUCCAACACCUGACCCAAUAAUUGUGCAUUCUGGUGUCGUUAUAGCUCUAUUUCACAUGAUUCCAUCAAUCUUCCAUCAAAAUUACCCCCAGCAAACACUUCAACUAGAAAUUUAUUGUGUGGAAAUUGUGAAAUCUCUUGUUCGUUCUGAAAGAAAUCAGCAGAUCAUGUGUGAGGCAGGACUUCCUGCUGAGCUUUUGUCCAUUGGUUCUGUACCGCUCCAGGAUGAAAACCAUCCUCUUCAUCAACCCUUACAAUAUAUGAUUGAACGCCUUGCUACACAAGCAGUCGAACCUAAGGAUUUAAGGGAAUUCUUAAGGCUUGGAAAUCCUCUUAGCUGCUUAUCAUAUAAGGACUUGAGCAAAGGGUUAAAAGGUGGUGGUGCAGUACCACUUACAAGGGUAAAAACCCUGGUUUCUAUGACUACUCCUAGAUCUCAGGGGACGAAUUUCUCACCACCUUUUACCGAAUUCGACAUGUCUGCUGAGGGCUUUGGCUGUCUUUAUUUACCAAGCGUAGCUCCUCAGUCGCCAAAUGGACCAUCUGUUGUAAACGUCGCCACAUUGACAUCGUCUGACAUAAGCGUCGUAGGCGGAAUUGGUGCAGGUGAUAGGAUGUUUCCUCCUCAAACUGGUUUGAGUUAUUCCACGUGGAUUUGUGUCGAGCGUUUUUCAGAUCCCAGAUCCGAUCCUCAUUGUGUGCGACUUCUUACUUUAGUGCGAACUUUACAACCAGCUAAGGAUCAGCACUUAAUAUGCCUAGCAGUUGUCCUUUCAGCUCGAGACAAGGCAAUUAUUAUAACAACACAAGAAACUCCACUUUUAAACACUGGGAAUGAUUGGGAGCCAGAAGCAGCCUCUGACUGGACAGCCAGGGUUUGGUGUCCUGACUUAUUACAAGAAGGUCACUGGCACCAUCUCGUUCUUGUACUUAAUCGGGCAGUGCUCAAAAAUAGCGCUCUUUCGAUAUAUGUCGAUGGCCAGCACAUUCAUACACAGAAACUUCACUAUAUUUCUCAGAACCCUGGCGGGGGUGCUGCAAAUCUCACUGUAGCUUCUUCUGUGUACGGCUACAUCGGGACGCCUCCAAUGUGGCGCAGGUACUCCAGGCUUUCCUGGAAACAAGGCCCUUGCCAUUUAAUCGAGGAAGUGCUCAGUCCUCAUUCUGUUCCUAUCAUGUAUCAACUCGGACCGCAUUACCUAGCAAGCUUCCAAGCACCGCACAUUCACGGUAACGAGCCAAUGCCACCAAUCGUAGCAGAGGAAAAAAUAGUAUUUGCACUUAAUGCGAAAGCAGUUUCUCAUUUGACAUUAGCAAAAAUAAGAAAGCUUUAUAGCCGUGCUGAUAAUAAAUCUAUUGCCAAACAGGUUGGAAUGUCAUCUCAUGAGAAUGCGACACCAAUCAGAGUGUUGCACAAUGCAGCUGGUCAUUUGUGUGGAGCAGCCAGGUCGCUUGGUGGCGUCAUAGUAGGAUAUUUGGGCGUGAGAGUCUUUACUCCACGUCCUGUCUCAAAGGUGAUUGACAGUGUAGGGGGCUGUUCUGUUCUGCUCGGGCUCAUCUCGAUGGCCCAGGAUGUCGAAAGCCUAUACGCUGGAGUCAAAGCCCUCGUCUGUGUUGUGAAGAGCGAUAGGGUCGCUCAGUGCGAGAUGGACCGACGGAGGGCAUACCAGACGCUCGCUAUGCUACUGAGGCGGAAGAAGCAAAUUUUAAACAGCCACAUUCUUCACUUAAUCUUCAGUCUUGUCGGGACAGUUGAUAGCGGAAGAGAGAGUUCUUCAAUUCCUAAUAUAAUGGCGUUUCAAGAUUUACUUUGUGAUAUUGAGGUCUGGCAUGAAGCACCUGGUGAUCUACAAAGAAGUCUUUUUGAGCAUUUGUAUGAAUUAGUGGCUGAGUCUAGUGAGAAAAAAUGCAAUAUCAAUUUAAUAAGACAAAUGAGGCUUAUCCAACGGCUGCUCUACAUCCUCCCAGCAGUUGCGAGCAACCCUACAAGAGAUUUGAUGCUUACGUUGCUUGGAGCUCUUCUACUGGCUCAACCUGAUACCAGUGAUAUUCUAGCGUUUGGUCAGUUCAUUAUAUCAACUCUUCCUUGUUCCACGACUGCAUCAGAGAAAACAAUCAUAUUACAAGAACCUUCACAUACUUCUUCUGGAAAUUCUUUUGACCAUGCUGACCACGUUGAGAUCUUUGAUAGCGGUGAAGGCGCAAGCUCAAUUAUUUUGAGAAACAGAUGCUUGCAGCUCCUUCACAGCUUGUUAUUCACCCCUAGGAAUGCUGUGAACACUAGCUUCUGUGAGGAGAUCGCCCUCGUGUUAGGUAUGGACUGGCCCUUGUUAUUUCUCCAGCCACAGCUUCACUCUUCAACAGUGAUAUGGGGCUUGCGGAUCCUUGUCGUCCUAUGCUCAAUUCCCAACCUCAUGAUUAAGUUCAAGGAUGGGGCAAGUUGUGGUGGAUGGCUGCAUGUUGCAGAUCUUGUACUGCAAAAUCGAAUGGGUGUAGUUCUAGCUGGUUGCCAACUUGGAUCUGCUAUACCAAAACGAGAAUCGAAAAUCGAAAACACAGGUACUCCUGGAUUUCAACAGCUCACCUGGCUCCUUCAGCAUCAUACGGAUGUUUCACAAAUAUAUUUCCUUCUUAUGGCACUGAUGAUGGGCCAACCUGUAAAACUCCUUCCCGCUGAUUCAAAACUUGACCUCCUUAAUGCGUGGAGUCUGUUGUUUGGAGUACCGGCAAAUCAACCGAUGGCGAGUGUCAUGGGAAAAAUAGUUCUCUGUGCUGAAGCAGUUACUGCAAUGCUUUCCAUGGUUCGCGUUCUUUUAAGUAACCACAUAAAAAUAUCGUCCGAAGCCGAAUCUGACAGAGUGCAUUAUGCAGUGAACAUAAUUCAGUUUUUGUUCCUUGUCUACCACAGCAAUCCUCAUUUGAUGUCUGUAUUUAUGAGUCAGGAAGUGUUAACUGCUCUUGCAAACACUCUUUUUCCUGUAACAAGUGAACCACCAACACCUGCAGAUGAAGUAUUUCAGCCGGAAGUGGCAAGGGUGUCAAGCCAUGAUAAUGUCAGCAAUCACCCUGCUCAUAAAUUUGUAAUGGAUUUUAUCAGAUUCAUUAUUAUGGACUCCCUCUCGCUCCCGGUCACUGCCAAAAGCACACCACCUCUUGAUAUUGUACUUGAGUGCUCAGGUGAUGUUGGAAAUGUGUCUGACCAGUCCAGAAUUCAAACUGAGGUGCUAAGUGCAUUGAUGGAACAUUUGCUCGCGGCGGAUGUUCUUUUAGGCGAGCAGGCUGCCCUUUCAGUGGUUCAAGGUGGCUGCAUACAAAAUAUACCUUCAAACGUGUCUUACUUAGCUGCCAGAACUGUUGACAAACUGUGGCAAGGUAUGCUGGUGAAAGAUCCACACGAAGUUUUUGACUUUAUCGUGAAACUUCUAACUCUUGCAAAACGAAGGCAAAAUUCAAAUUGCACCGAAACACUGUACCACUGCCUCAAUAGAAGCAUUCUUUUCUUACUUUCGAGAGGAACAGACACAAUCGCUGACCAAAUGUCUGUCCUGGAAGCUCUCCACAAACUCACAAACAACAGGGGACUUAUAUUUGGUGCUGGAAAUCAUGAGUUAGAAUUCAUUGGCUGUCUCACUUACUGUCUUCUUCAACUAAUUUCUGAAAUGAAAAUCAUAAUGGAUGCAAAUGCUAAAACAACAUGGCACAUCAAUCCUCAAAGUGAAGAAAGUGAAGAGCUUACGUCAAGACAGGGUCAAAAUUUAAUUGGAGUAGCAGCAAGACGAGUCUGGGAUGAGUUGUACGUGUGUAAAAAACCUGCAAUUGAAGAGGUCUUUAAAAUGACUUUGGUUUCUUCAAACAACAAAGCACCCGAUUUAGGGUCAAUUAGGGAGCAAAUAUUUGAGUUAGCUUCUAAAAUUUGGCUUAACUACGUUGACGCAGAGAGGAAAGCAACAUACAAAAAUCCUUGGGAAAUGCACAAUCAAAUUCAAUCUAAAAUUCAAAAAGUGACGGGAGGCUUAACAAGGCUAGCAAGCCGUUCCAAAGUAAAAAAGGAAGAGUCGCUAAGGGUAAAGUCGCAAAUUAGUGGAAGUGGGAGCGAAAUUGAGACAGCCGCAGCUGUCCAGGCGCAGGUGGCGCUCGUUAAAGAACUCGUCGAUCUCCAGGCGAAACAACAUGCACUCACUCAGGAUUACACUGAACGGUAUGUUUUGGAAGAAUGGCUCCAAAUUGAAGCUGAGCUCACAAGAGAACGGGCACUUUGGGGCCCACAGCAUCCUUCCAGAUUAGAUAAAUGGAUGCUGGAUAUGACUGAAGGGCCGUGCAGAAUGAGAAAGAAGAUGAUGAGGAAUGACUUAUUCUACACACAUUACCCCUACAGGCCAGAGUUGGAAGCCAGUGAAAACAAAGCUCUCAAGUACAAAGUAGCAUCCUGCUGGGACAGCAAAGAGUAUUAUAUUAUGUACCGGGCCAACACAAUCGGAGAGCAUGAGAAGUUAGUACUUGAAGAUAAACAGAAUAAUCAGAUCGACAAUUCAAGUGACGAAAUCUCAAACAAUAAUGGUUUAGAAAAUCUAGCACUGAGAAGAGCAGUGAAGAGGUCGGUUUCAGAACCAGAUGAUGCCAAUGAGGAAGGAGAUAUCGAAGGCAGUGGUACUGAAGAUGACAGCCUUCCAGACAACCAGUCAAUAUUGAGGUUGCUGGAAACUAAUGAAAAGAUAAGCCACAUGUUUAGAUGUGCCCGGAUUCAGGGCCUUGACACCAUGGAAGGCCUUUUGCUCUUUGGAAAAGAGCAUCUUUACAUAGUGGACGGAUUCACGUUGCUCAAAUCUCGUGAGAUACGAGAUAUAGAAUCCCUCCCUCCUGAAUGUUAUGAACCAAUCUUGCCACCACAGGGUACGGUCUCUUCCUCAAAACGUCAGUGCUCAAAAUUCAGCUAUGAAGACAUAAGGGAAGUGCAUAAGAGAAGAUAUUUACUACAGCCGAUGGCAUUAGAGGUCUUCUCAAGUGAUGGAAGAAAUUAUCUUCUUGCAUUUCCUAGAAAAAUACGAAAUAAGGUGUACCAAAGAUUUUUGGCUUUUGCCACGGGGAUAGCCGAUAGCGCUCAGCAGUCUGUUGCUGGACAAAAAAGAACUGCUAAUGUUGAGCAAGGAGCUAGUCUUCUUUCUAGUCUUAUAGGAGAAACUUCAGUAACUCAACGUUGGGUGAGAGGAGAAAUAACAAAUUUUCAGUAUUUAAUGCAUUUAAAUACCCUUGCUGGUCGAAGUUACAACGACUUGAUGCAGUAUCCAGUUUUUCCUUGGAUUCUCGCUGAUUACGAUUCUGAAAUACUUGACUUGACCGACCCAACAACAUUUAGAGAUUUUACUAAACCUAUGGGUGCCCAAAGUCCUGAAAGACUGUCACAAUUUAAAAAGAGGUAUAAGGAAUGGGAUGAUCCACACGGUGAGACACCUCCAUAUCAUUAUGGAACUCAUUAUUCAUCAGCAAUGAUAGUAUGCUCUUACUUAGUAAGAAUGGAGCCUUUUACACAGCACUUUUUACGUCUUCAAGGUGGACAUUUUGAUUUAGCAGAUAGGAUGUUUCACAGUAUAAGGGAAGCUUGGAACUCAGCGUCAAAACACAAUAUGGCUGAUGUCAAGGAGCUGAUUCCUGAGUUUUUCUAUUUGCCACAGUUCUUAACUAAUGCCAAUAACUUUGACCUGGGGUGUAAACAGAAUGGCGUUAUGCUCGGAGAUGUGGUUUUGCCGCCAUGGGCCAAGAGUGACCCACGAGAAUUCAUCCGUGUCCAUAGGCAAGCUCUCGAAUGUGACUACGUGUCGCAAAACCUCCACAACUGGAUAGACUUGAUUUUUGGCUGCAAACAACAAGGCCAAGCCGCAGUCGAAGCAGUUAAUGUUUUCCAUCACUUAUUCUAUGAGGGGAAUGUUGAUAUUUACAAUAUCGAUGAUCCCUUAAAAAAGAAUGCAACAAUUGGUUUCAUAAAUAAUUUUGGUCAGAUACCAAAACAGCUAUUUAAAAAGCCACAUCCUGCCAAAAAGCUGGGCCAGAGGGUUUCAGUGCUCGACCCUAACCCAAUUUCCACAGCACCGUGCUUUUGUGCCGAGCGUUUAUUCUACCAUAACCUUGAUAACCUGCGUCCAUCGUUGCACCCUAUUAAAGAAGUCAAAGGGCCAGUCGGACAGAUAAUUCAGUGGGAGAGAAAUGUACUUGCUGUCGAGCAAAAUAAAGUCCUUGUCCCGCCGAACUAUUCAAAAUAUGUCGCUUGGGGCUUUGCCGAUCAUACGCUUCGUAUGGGAAAUUACGAUAGUGAUAAGGCUGUUCUAACAUGUGAAGCCGUCAUACAUACAAGCGGGGAGAUAUUGGCCUGUGUCUGUCCGAACUCAAAGACGAUCAUAACCGCUGGAACUAGCUCUGUAGUUACAAUUUGGGAGUAUAACAAGAAACAGAUAAGUGUUGUACAGACCCUUAAUGGCCACAACGAAGCAGUGACUUGUUUGGCGACAAGCCCUGCCUACAAUGUGAUAGUAUCGGGUUCGAGAGAUGCAACAGCUAUAAUUUGGGAUCUUUCGCAUAGAAUAUUUGUAAGGCAGCUGAUAGGCCACAAUGCACCCGUUGCAGCAGUUGCUGUAAAUGAUCUCACAGGUGAUAUUGGAACUUGUGCUGGAACUUGGCUUCAUGUUUGGAGCAUCAACGGAGAACAACUCUGUUCGGUCAACACUAGCGUGGGUCGUGCCGAUAGGAUGCAACAAAUUCUGUGCGUCGCCUUUUCACAGUGUAGAGAAUGGGAUGCACAAAAUGUUCUACUCACUGGUUCAACCGAUGGUGUUGUGCGGAUGUGGUCAAUUGACUAUGUGCAAGUCCCAAGUGAAGAACAGGAUUCGUUGGACCAUCCGAAGGAAGUCGAUAAUGUCAAUAAAAAGAUUAAACCUCCUUUGAAAGAACAACAGAAAAUUGAGGAAGUAACUAAGGGAAGGAUGCAAAAACGAUUAGGAAAGCAAAUGAAAAUAUCCUCUGUGUCCUCCGACUUCUCUGUUGAUGAGCCUAAAGUUUUAGGGAAAAGUGGAUCAGAGAGCUCACUCUCAGAGGAAGGCGAAAAAUCCCAAGGCCAUUCGAGUGACGGUUCAAGCAAGAAGAAAAAAGAACCAGACGUUCAGGUUGAGGAAAAGGAGAAAUGCAGUGACGAUGAGGUGAAGACAGAAGAGGUCUGUACCAAAGAGUCUCUUGAUAAUUCUAACAAUCAAAGCUCGGAUGGUUCUAACACUAAUCCUGGUGCUGGGCCUGUUGUUGUCGUGUCUGAAAGCACAGAUGCUGAUGUUGAAGAAGACCCCCCAGUCCCAGUCGUCAGAAGAAGGCGAUCCUCCGCAAGAGCCAAUGCUCAGCUGAGGAAGUCUGAAUGCAUAUCAGGAAGGCUCGCAGAAGUCGAAUCAUUGAGUGUAAGCUCGGAAGAAACACUCGGUCGAAUCCGGCCGAGUAAAAGUGACACAUCUCUCACCGAGAGCUUUGUCAUCGUUAGCGGCAAUGGCGAAGAGGUCGGCGAAAUAGGUCCCACUCACACGCCACCACUGCGGCGUGCGAAACACUACCAGCACAUUCUCAGAGAAGGUUUUGUAUGGCAAAAGCAGCUCGUUUUUAGGAGUAAGCUAACCAUGCAUACAGCUUACGACCGGAAAGAUAACUCAGAACCUGCCUCUAUAACAUCGCUUGCCGUCUCUAGAGACCAUCGUGUUGUGUAUGUCGGCGAUACCCGCGGUCGAGUCUUUUCCUGGAGUGUCGCUGAUCAGCCUGGCAGGGCUGACCAUUGGCUCAAAGACGAUGGCGCAGAAGCUUGUACAACUUGUAAAGUGAAGUUUUCGAUUUAUGAAAGAAGGCAUCAUUGUAGAAACUGUGGCCUUCUGUUCUGCUCAAAAUGUAGCCGAUUUGAAUCAGAGAUCUCAAGGCUGAGGAUUCUAAAGCCAGUUCGGGUCUGCCAAGGAUGCCACACGUCACUCAAAAUACAGCAGCAUUGAGAAAAAUUAUUUAAAAACAAAAACUGUAAAAGAAGACUAUAUAAAUCAAUCUGUUCCAAUAUCGCAUAAUAAACAUGAAAUAUUAUGUACCUGCUCUGUUCAUAAUGAUCUUCAUGAGCCUCUCAUAUGGCUGGACUUGAUUUUAUAAAAGCGUAAAUAGUUUGUAAGUGAUUUUCAUGAAAGAUAUUGCAUUUAUACCCGGAGAUGUAUAUUUCCCUAUUUCCUAUUAUCUUUGUACCAUAAGAAAAUUUAACUGGAAUUUUAAAAAACAAAAAAGGGAGGAAAUAUUUGUAUAUUACGAGGCCAACGGCGUUCGAUAGUAUUAAUUGUUAUCACAUUUAGUUUGUGUGAGUGAAUAUAAUCUUUGUGAAUGCGAUAAAUUAUACAGGACGAAUGUAAGUUGUUGCCUGAAAGUAAAACAAUAAUAUACAAAAUACUGACAAUAUUAUUUAAAUAUAUGGAAUUAUAUAUAUAUAUAUACUUUAUAGUAAUUCUGGUGCAAUUUAUAGCAUUAGUAAAUUUGGAACAAGAAUUUAUCAAUUCAGUCAUAAGCACCAAAAAAAGUUCAAGGAAAGACUUUAUUUAUAUUAAUUGUAGUGUCGCUUUUUUUAAAUUCAGUUCCAGAUUUUUUUUGCAUAUUUAUAAGCAUUUACCUGUUACAAGAAAGUGUGAUAUUUUUACUCUGUGUUACUGUAUUUUCAUUAUUAUGAAAUAAGAAUUAUUUAUUUUAUUUUUGUUAAUAUAUUUUAAGUUUCUGUUGUAGGAUUUGUUUUCUUUAUAUUAUAUUUUAUAGUUAUUUUCCAAAAUAAUAUGCAUUUACAUACCAUUAAUCUGUAAUACAAUAAAAAUUAGUAAUAGUGUAUUUGUUUUGUCAAAUAACAAGAAAAAAAAGACGAUAAGUAUAGUGGGUUAUUUAUUAUCAUCCUGACAAUAUACAAAAAUGUAUGAGUAUAAUCCUGAAAAAUGUCAAAUGUAAAGUAGUCGAUGCUUUAAAGCUACUGUUGUUUAAUGUCAAUAACUGAAUAAAGGAUACCAAUCAGUUAA